AACUCGCGUUUCCAGGAAGUAUGACGUCAGGCUGCUGUUAGCUAGCUAGUGAUGGCUGCUACAAUGAGGCUUGUCAACAGAACAACUUUAAGAUUAAGAAUGGGCCAGCAAUAUAUGUCGUUCAGCUCCGCACCAAAGGAGAAGACGACAUGUGUAAAAGCUGCUCAUGCUCUCCCACAAACUGUGAAAAUAGUGGAAGUUGGACCCAGAGACGGUCUUCAAAAUGAAAAGACUGUCGUUCCAACAGAGGCAAAAAUCAAUUUAAUUAACAUGUUGUCAGAGUCUGGACUUCCAGUCAUUGAGGCCACCAGCUUUGUGUCCCCUAAAUGGGUUCCUCAGAUGGCAGAUCAGGUGGAGGUGAUGCAAGGUAUCAGUAAGAAACCAGGAGUAUCUUAUCCAGUCCUCACGCCAAACCUGAAAGGUUUUCAAGCUGCUCUAAAGGCCGGAGCUUCAGAGGUGGCCAUAUUUGGUGCUGCAUCUGAGCUGUUUAGCAAGAAGAACAUAAACUGCUCUGUGGAGGAGAGUUUACAGCGCUUCGAGGAGGUCAUGAAGGCAGCUAAAGAAGCUGCCGUGCCAGUUCGGGGUUAUGUCUCGUGCGUCGUGGGAUGUCCGUAUGAGGGCCAGGUGGCGCCUGAGAAAGUUGCACAUGUGGCGAAGCGCCUGUACUCUAUGGGCUGUUACGAGAUUUCUCUAGGUGACACUAUUGGAGUGGGGACUCCUGGAAGUAUGACUAAAAUGUUGGAAGCUGUGACCAAAGAGGUGCCAGUGAGUGCUUUAGCUGUUCACUGCCACGACACUUAUGGCCAGGCUCUGGCUAACAUCCUCAUAGCCUUGCAGUUGGGAAUCAGCGUGGUAGACUCAUCAGUAGCUGGACUGGGCGGCUGUCCAUACGCUCAGGGGGCUUCUGGGAAUGUUGCAACCGAAGAUGUUGUUUAUAUGCUGCAUGGACUUGGAAUUAAAACGGGAGUGGACCUCUCAAAGCUGAUGGAUGCUGGAGCUUUUAUCUGUCGAACCAUCAACAGGAAGACCAGCUCCAAAGUGGCACAAGCCACCUGCAAACUGUAGACAAAAAAAGAAAUGGUGGCUUUUUCCAAGGCUAUAUCAUCCUCAGUUUCCAAAAUUAAGCAAAAUAAAAUGUGGUUUGAUUUAACCGCUCUAAAAA